AUGCCUGUCUUUUACAACCUAAAUGCCAUUAAAAAGUGUGAAGUUUUAAUUGUUAUUUUGAAAAUUGUGCGCAAUCUUGAUGAUGCAUCACUUGUAAAAGCGUGGCAACAAAGCAUCACUCGGACUAGAUUAUUUUUCAAACUCUUGGAGGAAUGCUUAGUUCUUUUUGAGCAUAGAAAACCUGCUGAUGGCAUGCUCAUGGGCUGUAGUUCUCAUAGCCCAGUUGGGGAUGGGCCUGCUUCCCCCGAGUACUCUGAUAGACUUUCUCUUGCACUUAACAAUUAUCUAUCUGAGGCAUCAAGACAAGAAGUCAGACCUCAGGGAACACCUGAAAAUGGAUAUUUAUGGUAGAGAGUGAAUUCCCAAUUAAGCUCCCCUAGC